AUGUUUGAGUUGAUUUCUUCGGACGAAGAAGAGGAAAAAGAACAUUGGCAACCGAGGAAGAAACAAAAAGGUUUCUACUUUAAAGGUCACUUGAAAGCUGCUUCAAAACGUUUGAAAGCAGUUAAAGAAGUAGAAAAAAAAAUUAAAUUAUUUUGUCAGUACCUUAUAGUUUUAUUGGAGAAAUUACUGAGUUGUUAG